AUGGUCGAAAAUGUAUCUUCUGUAGACAGCAAUGAGAAGGCCAACACCUUCUCGCUAGAAAACAUCCUGGGAGAAAACCAUGAAUCCUUAGAACAUCCUGGACUUAAGCAGCAAGAGGGAAUUACGCCUUUGGGGGGAUGGGACGAAGAGAGCGCCGAGAAGCCAGUGCAAGAAGGGUUUUGUGUAGAAUGCGAAGAUCAACCUGCUCAAGUUACAUGCGAAACAUGUUCUGAUAACUAUUGCGAAGUCUGUUUCGCUGCUCAGCACAGAAAAGGCUCGAGAAAGAGGCAUGCUACGAAACCUCUGGAGGGCCAACCUGAAAAGAAGGCGAAAAAUGGCAACGGCGCUAUCGUGACCAGAGUAAAUGGAAAGGACUCCGAUGACGAAGACAGUGAUGAUGUAGAGAUGGACAAUUCUGACGAUGGGCUGGAUCUUGUUAUCGCAGGACCGUCAAUCGAAGUAACAGGCGCACAGCCAGCCGUAGGCACAAGUGUGGGCGAGUGGUUUAUCGAGCGCUCGAAAUACAUACCACUUCGACUAACUAUCAACGAACGUAAAUUCCUUCGUCUCCUCGAUGCCGCUCUGCAGGUCUCUGAAUACACAGAUAAGAUCGACACGCUUGGCUUCGGGCUGUCUAAAGCGAAACGCAUAGUACAGCAAAUUCGCGAGCUAUGUGCCAUUCUCUCUGGGUUGCUCCUCUCUGCCGACUAUAAAAAAGGCCAGGAGCUUUUCACGGACCGUGACUUCCAGGCGAAUGCAGAGUUUUAUCAACAAAUCUUUGAGCUUGGGAGACGGCAUAAGAUCAUGAACCCUGACAAGAUGCGGACUACGUAUGGAAAACUUAUAUACCUUUUACAGGACAGUCAAAGUUCAGAGGUCCAAGACAUGCUCAACUUUUCCUGUGUCAAACCUAUCAGGACUGUACACAACGUCUUGGAAGAACAUGGAGCGCUGGGGCUUCUCCGCGAUGAUCUGAUAUCAGUUGCAACAAAAGAAAUCUACUCUGAAGGCCGAUCCCGACGAGACAUACAAAAAGAUAUCAAAAGUAAAGAGCGUGCUAUCGAGGUGUUAUCUUCAAAAUAUCAACUUGGGGGCCUCUCCCAGGAAAACGUAUGCCAAUGUUUGUACAGCAUUGGUGAUAACCAUGCCUUCUUGCGGACAAAUCGUGACCCAUGUGAGCGUAUGAUAGUCUACUUGAAGGAGUAUUUCCAUGCUACAAAAGCGAGCGAUCCUAAAAGUAGUCUGGCUAUCCGCAGUGGGAAAGGAGGGGCAAGGCUGAGCCACGAUCACUCUAAGCAAUACGCAUAUGUCUUGCAAAGUUUGACUCUAUGGCGAGAGAUCCUACAUGAUAUGUUCCGUCUUUGGUCGUUAGCUGAGCAAGAUCUGCUCGCCGAAAAUGUUCCUUACCGUCUGCGUGACACUGGUCAGGGUCUCAAUCGUGUCCAGGCAGCACCUAAAACAUCACGUAUGAUGCAUGCCAUACUUCAUCGCGCCCAAAAAAGUGUCGGCUCAUGGGUCGGAUCUUCCGUUAUUCACAUGGGCGAUCACAAUGUCCCCAACGCCCUUAUGUUCAUUGACAAAUACUCCCAGAUAUACCGCAUUCUUCUUCCCAUCUGUAACGCUCUGUCACAAAUACCAGCUCUCGCAGAAAAACCGGCUUUGCGCUCUUACAUUGAGGAUGAGUUUGGAUCCACCGAGAAUUGUAUUCGUGAGAUUCUGAGCGACUUCUUCCGCCACGGGUUUGAUGGCUCAGGGGCUGAUAAUUUCUUCGAUGCUGGGAGCUGCAUAGACGGGCGGUUGACAAGUGCUUGGAAUUGGUGUGCGAUGCUGGAGAAGAAGAGGUACUUCCCGGUAUUCUUACUCACAGGAUUCAUCGGCUUUGAUGGAGAAUGGUGA